CCUAUGUAUGCCACGAGUGGGAUUCCCGUCACGAGUACGGAAGAAAGUGAGUAGUAUUGUUUGGAUUGGUUACUUUUCCCGCCGGUCACAUGAGCCUUCGCUUUCCUGCGGAAAGGCUAACUUCAUGACGAAGCUAUGAAGGAAGACAAGCAUCAAUUAGUAAAGUCCGGCUUGCCCACGCUCGUCUUUUAUCCCGUCCGUAGCAAGAAGAAUUCCCCAAAGGACCCCGAGAGAGCCCGGAGGAACUGUCUGGUCUUCGUGAUGGUGGUAUCUGGAGUUGCUUUCCUCGCGACUAUUGGGAUUACCGCAUUAUUACUCUAUGCUAGCGAAAUAUGUCUUAACGAUUUAGAAAAUAAGGAUUUGGUAUACGAAGGGAAUGGGCCAGAAUCUGACAGGACUCUACUGCCUGGGAUGACUGGGAGUGCUGUCGGCCCGUCCUGUUCUGUUGCAACGCGGACAGAUUGCUUUCCCGAGGGCGGAGCUUCUGAGGACAAAUGCAAGGCAAAGGGAUGUUGCUGGAAGCCAACAGAGCGCAGCAAUCGAGUUGACAGCAUGGUUCAGGAUACGCCGUGGUGCUUCUACCCCUCAUCGACUCCCCCGGAUCCGAAGUGCAACGUCCCUGAUCCGACUCGCUUGGACUGUUACCCCGAGAGCGGGGCAAGCCCUGAUAAAUGUAAGGCUAAAGGCUGUUGUUGGGUCCCGGCAUCCAGUACAGCCAAUGGCAUUCCGUAUUGCUUCUACCCAGCUGAUAAUUCUACAGGAUACAACAUGAGCCAACCACAGCCGACGUCCUUUGGUUACACUACCAAACUUACACGUAACAAACAUUCCCAUUGGCCGGACGAUGUGAUGACGCUGCAGAUGGACCUAAUGAUGGAGACCAAAACAAGAGCUCAUUUUAAGAUCUAUGACCCGCAGAACAAGCGCUACGAAGUCCCAAUCGACACCCCCAAGGUCACAAGCAAGGUCAGCAGUACAGACUACAAGGUCGACUUCCAGCAGGUUCCAGCUGGCUUGACCAUCUCGAGGUCAAGCACGGGCUCGAAACUUUUCGACACAACCAAAUACCAGCUAACCUACGCCGACCAGUUCAUCGAAAUCUCCAGCAGUCUCCCAACAAAAUAUAUCUACGGCCUCGGUGAACACCGGGGACAGCUUUGGCUGGAUGGAACCAACACCAAGAAAGUGACCUUCUGGGCUAGGGACGUCCCACCCCAGGAAAAUACCAACCUGUACGGGACACACCCCUUCUUCAUCGGGAUUAAAGAGGAUGGCGAUGCCUAUGGCGUGUUUCUGCUUAACAGCAAUGCAAUGGAUAUCAUUAUAUCCGGCUCAACGAUCACCUACCGGACCAUUGGAGGCAUUCUGGACUUCUGGGUUUUCACUGGUCCAACUCCUGAUGACGUCAUCAGCCAGUACACCGCUGUGAUUGGUCGGCCCAUAAUGCCGCCAUACUGGGCGCUCGGGUUUCACUUGUGUCGGUGGGGUUACGGAGGAACAGAUGGCAUGAUGCGUGUGGUAAACAGAAUGAGAGCCGGAAAUUUCCCUUACGACACUCAAUGGAACGACAUUGACUACAUGCAUAACCACUACGACUGGACCUACGACACCGUCAACUAUCCAUACCUCGACAAAGUGGUCGAAGAUCUCCACAACCACACCCAGCACUACAUCAUGAUCGUGGACCCGGGAAUCCCCAACAUCAAGGGGUACAACCCUUACGAUUCUGGUAUAGCAAAGGGGAUUUUCAUCCAGGCGGCGGACGGCUCUGGUCCAAUUAUCGGUGUGGUUUGGCCUGGUACCACAGCCUACCCAGACUUCAGCAACCCAGCUUCCUACGGCUACUGGUUGGACUUGGCAAGUGGCUAUCGAAAGCAGAUCCCAUUUGAUGGAAUUUGGAUUGACAUGAACGAACCAUCAAACUUUGUUGUUGGCUCAACCAAGGGGUGCCCUGCCAACAACAAAUAUGACUACCCACCAUUCGUCCCCGGGGUCCUUGGCGGCAACCUCCGAGACAAGACUAUAUGUCCGUCCUCCCCGCAGAACCUCUCCAUUCAUUACAAUCUUCACAGUCUGUAUGGACACUUUGAGAUUGUACAGACAAACAAGGUUCUCACCAACCUGACGAAGAAGCGACCAUUCACCGUGAGCCGUUCUACAUUCGCUGGCUCAGGGAAAUACGGAUUCCACUGGCUCGGUGACAACAAUGCCGAUUGGAAUAAUAUAUAUUAUUCGAUUCCCGGUAUCCUGAACUUCAACAUGUUUGGUAUUCCAAUGGUUGGCGCUGACAUCUGUGGUUUCAUGGGCUCAACCACCGCUGAGCUGUGCGCGCGAUGGAUGCAACUUGGAGCAUUUUACCCUUUCAUGAGGAACCAUAAUACGAAAGGUGCACCCGACCAGGACCCUGCCAACCCAAGUUUCCCAAAAUCGGCCCAGGACGCCAUGAGAGACGCCAUCACCCUUAGAUACACCUUACUGCCAACGUUAUACUCCCUGCUCUACAAAAGUCAUAUCAAUGGUACAGGAGUAGCUAGGCCAUUGUUUUUCCAGUACCCCAAAGAUUCCAAGACGUAUACCAUUGAUAAGCAGUUCCUGUGGGGAGACUCGUUGAUGAUUUCACCAGUUUUAACUCAGGGUGCCACCACCGUUGAUGCUUACUUCCCUAAAGAUGUCUGGUUCGACCACGCGACGGGAAAUGAGAUGGCGGCUUCGGGAGCAUCGGUCACGCUUGACGCUCCCCUGGAUAAGAUCAACGUGCAUAUGAGAGGAGGUAGCAUAGUAGUUACACAGGGGGCAAAUGUUACAACUACACUCAGCCGGAAGAACCCGUUUGAAUUGGUCGCUGCCCUGCCUAAUACGACUAAUCCGUUCAACUUUCAAUGGUACUGGGAUGACGGUGACUCGCUAAUGCAAAAUGGACAGUACAUGGGCAACCUGAUCUCACUCACAGCAGCGAAAACGAACCAAGGAGGUUAUAUCAACGGCGUAGUGGUCCAGAGCCACUUCGAGACCUCAAUGACGCUGGGCACCGUAAGGGUUUUAGGAGUUGACACGAAGCCAAACAGCUUGACAAUCAAUGGCAAACCGUUUACGCAAUUCAGCUUCGAUGCUCAGAGUCAUGUGUUGAUGGUUAACUCGAUCAAAAUAGAGAUAUCGAAUCAGAACUUUAGCAUUAUAUGGCAAUAAAUAAUUAAUCAGGACAAGUCAAUAAAAAAGAUGACCUUUUUGACUCAUCAUGUUUAGAAGGACACACUUUGAAACAUGCCAAGUGGGUGUCAACACAAUUGGAAAGUGAUGUUCAUACAUCCGUGGUGUAAAUUAACUUGAUCUAUUCUGGCCCAUCUGAAUAUAAAUUAGUUUGCAUCAGAUCUGGGUGGGGCGGGGGCUCAAGCACCACACAAUGUGAGUGAUUUGCAAACAGCUUUUAGGAUUAUUAAGCAUAAGGGCAUUCUUCCACUACAGCGGAAAGACGUCACAGUUUGCCGUUGCGGCGAAAUUUCAAAUGCAAAAUUAACAAACUCGUGGAAUCAGUAUUUAAUUACUCAAGCUAAGCUAGACUCGGCAGCUAUAUGAGGUGAAAAAGAAUGACGCGGUGAGAUAAUUUUACAUUAAGUGAUGCAUGCGAGGCAGGAAAGAGAUUACGCCUAAUUAGCAGUUAAUGAAAUAAUACAGAGUGGCUCAAUAAAAA